UUGACGUUCGGCCUCUAUCGACGUCCCUUCCUCAAAUCGACGUCCAGUGUGACGUCACAUUCUCAAAUCAGUGUCCAAUAUUUGAAACCUCUAAACGACGUUCAAUGUGACGUCAUGUAUUACCAAAAGGACGUCCGAUUGAUAGCAGUCUCCUAUAAUCGAUGUCCUAUAUCAUUUGUUCUAGAUUGAUCUUUAUGUGUACCAUCUGUCAUGCCUGUAUCGGUUGUGUAAAUUAAGCUGCUGAAAGAAACUAAUUGUUUUCAUAUUUCUUUAUACUUUACAAACCAUAAUGACUUAGUGAUAAUAGCAGGAAUAACCAAGUGGUAAAUGACUAGACAAAGUAAUGAUGGCUACUAAUAACACGGGUUUAUGUAUACAGUUCUGUGAUAAUGUUAAAAUUAAAGUUAAGGUACUUCAUAUGAUGUAAUGGACAGCAAAUUAUUGAUUAAAAUGGAAUUUUGCAAACGUUUGUCAAAAUGCUUAGAUCUACUAGGAUACAAUCAAGAAAUGAUUGACUUCCGUAGAGAGAAGAAUACACAGUUGGACGACAUACAUAAUAUCACAUACCCCAUCCCUGUUAUAACCUCUGGUGGUAAAGCCGAAGGAACAGCUCUUUAUUUUGAAAGUGAUAUAGACCGCCUUUUCAUUCUAAAAGGAAUGACCUGUGUUAAUCCUAGCCUAUCGUGUUCCAGUCACACUGUUUUUCAUAUCGAUAGAUUGAAUUGUUCCCCGGGUUAUGCUAGACUGAAAAUCGUACAAGCGAAUUCUUCCUUGGAACAAAACCAACUUAAAUUAGAGAACGGAUAUGUUAUGAAUGAUUUUUCUAUUGGCAAUCCAAAUACAACAGAUCCAAUGUUUGAUGUCAAUGGAACGAUAAUAACCAAACAAGAUAGAAUUGGUCCAGCAGAACGCUACGGAAAUGAUUUCAUUAAUUAUGAUUUUGUUGUGGGGAUGGUUUGCAUUUGUCCAGAUUUAAUAGAAAAAUGGAUACAACGGGAGAGGAAAUAUGACUGGCCUGACCAUAAUCUUGUUCAUCAAAUUUCUUCAUUAGAAGGACAUAUAGUUGCAGUUUCCGAUAAAGGUAGCAUGUAUCCGCUAACUGAAUGGAGGAUUUGCUAUACAAAAGCUGAGAUCAUGCUCGUAUAUUCUUUCACAGAAUCUCAAGCAAAGCUAUAUAUGCUUCUUAAGCUCAUGGCCAAGUCAGUUCUAAAACCUCUGUGCCCAGCAAUGUCGUCUUACAUAAUGAAAAACAUAGUUUUCUGGGAAAUAGAAACAAACCCUAGCCAACAUUUUUCACAUGCCUCUUUAAUUGAUAGAUUAAUAGAUACAAUAAUAUUUCUAAAAAAAGCUCUUGAAUCUGAUUAUUUAGAGAGUUAUAUGAUAUCGGAAAGGAACUUAUUUCAAGGACGCAUUACAGACAUGGAAAGAACAAUAUUGCUUGAAAAGGUAGACGAACUUCUAAAGGAAAGGGAAAAUAUGUUCAAGCAUUGUACGAAAAUACACCGUGCAAUGUUAAAACUAAAGGAGUCACCGGGAGAAUAUUCACAAGAAGCAGACAAACGUGAUCAUAUCGAAAAGUUGGUUCUGAAUAAAAACGUUAUUAUCAAACAGACAGAAACAGCAGAUAACUCGAAAGAACCACCUAUUCAAGAUCGUCUCAAACAAAACGAAAAAUUCAUACAUUAUGAGAAGGAAUUACAUAGACUAGUAGUUCCAGAUGAAUCAGAGCUUUUGAAAUCUGAUCACAACUUGGAGGAGGUUUACAGACAUAGAUUGUUUGAUAUUCUAUCAUAGGAAGCUUACACAUAUGUUGCAUAAUUUUAAGUAAACCUGAACACUUCACUAUCGACAAGGUCAUAUCGGGUAAUAACACCAAUGUUAAAAAAACAAUAAGUUCUGAAAAAUUG